AAGAUGGGGAAGAAGAGCCGAGUGAAAACUCAGAAGUCGGGUACAGGAGCCACAGCAACGGUAUCUCCAAAGGAGAUGUUAAAUCUAAUUAGUGAGUUAUUGCAAAAAUGCAGCAGUCCUACGCCAGGUCCUGGUAAGGAAUGGGAAGAAUAUGUACAGAUUCGCUCACUUGUCGAGAAAAUUCGCAAAAAGCAAAAAGGUUUGUCUGUUCUCUUUGAUGGAAAGAGAGAUGACUAUUUCCCUGAAUUGAUAAAGUGGGCAACUGAAAAUGGAGCAUCCACAGAGGGUUUUGAAAUAGCUAACUUUGAAGAGGAGGGGUUUGGUUUGAAAGCAACAAGAGAGAUAAAGGCUGAAGAGUUGUUCCUGUGGGUUCCUAGAAAACUUCUGAUGACUGUUGAGUCAGCUAAAAAUUCAGUAUUAGGAUCCCUGUAUUCUCAAGAUCGAAUUCUUCAAGCCAUGGGCAAUAUAACAUUGGCAUUCCAUCUUCUUUGUGAGCGAGCCAACCCCAACUCUUUCUGGCUGCCCUACAUCCAAACGCUCCCCAGUGAAUAUGAUACUCCUCUCUAUUUUGAAGAAGAUGAAGUGCAGUAUCUUCAGUCAACUCAGGCCAUACAUGAUGUUUUUAGCCAAUAUAAAAAUACAGCUCGACAGUAUGCCUACUUUUACAAAGUUAUUCAGACCCAUCCUAAUGCCAGCAAACUGCCAUUAAAGGAUUCUUUCACUUAUGACGAUUACAGAUGGGCUGUUUCCUCUGUUAUGACAAGGCAGAACCAGAUUCCAACAGAAGAUGGUUCCAGAGUUACAUUGGCUCUAAUACCUUUAUGGGACAUGUGUAAUCAUACUAAUGGACUGAUCACUACAGGCUACAAUUUAGAAGAUGACCGGUGUGAAUGCGUAGCGCUUCAAGAUUUCAAGCCUGGAGAACAGAUUUACAUUUUUUAUGGCACUCGGUCAAACGCUGAAUUUGUGAUCCACAGUGGUUUUUUCUUUGAUAAUAAUUCACAUGACAGAGUGAAAAUAAAGCUUGGCGUGAGUAAAAGUGACAGGCUGUAUGCCAUGAAGGCAGAGGUCUUAGCUCGUGCUGGUAUCCCAACUUCUAGUGUUUUUGCCUUGCACUCCACUGAGCCUCCAAUCUCUGCCCAGCUUUUGGCUUUCCUUCGAGUAUUUUGUAUGAGUGAAGAAGAGCUGAAAGAACACUUGAUAGGCGAGCAUGCCAUUGACAAAAUCUUCACUCUGGGGAACUCUGAGUUUCCCAUUAGCUGGGACAAUGAAGUGAAACUUUGGACAUUCCUGGAAGCCAGAGCAUCCCUUCUUUUGAAAACCUAUAAAACAACUGUGGAGGAUGAUAAGUCCUUCUUAGAGACCCAUGACCUUACUUCACAUGCGGUAAUGGCUAUCAAAUUGCGCUUAGGUGAAAAAGAGAUCUUGGAGAAAGCAGUAAAGAGUGCGGCUGCUAGCCGAGAGUAUUAUACCAAACAAAUGGCAGAUGGAGCUCCACUUCCUAAAUAUGAAGAGAGCAAUAUUGCCUUGUUGGAGAACACUGCAGACUCUAGACUCCCUAUUGUCUUGAGAAACCUAGAAGAUGUGGAAGAGCAAGGGGACUUAAAGAUUGAUGAAGCUAUUGAUGCUGAAGUCACAGAGAAUGGGUUUGUAAACGGUGAAAACUCUCUAUUUAAUGGGACCAAAUCAGAAAGUGAAAAUCUAAAUAAAGAGAAAAGCAACAGAGAGACUGAAGAUGCCAAAGAAUCUUCUUCAGAAAGUACUGAUGAGGUUAAAGAAUAGCCCUAAAAUUUUACUUUCUUGUGAAAUUAAAUUAGCUGAAGUUUA